GGUGCAAGGACUGUCAGUGUGGCCAUUGGGGUGGCACAGUGACUGUCAGGGUGACACAAGGACUGUCAGGGUGACCAUUGGGGUGGCACGGUGACUGCCAGGGUGGCACAAGGACUGUCAGGGUGGCCAUUGGGCUGACCCAGGAUGCCCGUGUGACCAGCAAUCCCCUCUCCCCAUCUCUCCCCUCUCCAGCUCCAUGGAUCCCUCUCCGGGCCGGCCCAAGGCGCCGCCGUCCUUCCUGUCGGACCUUGGCAAGGCCACUCUGCGUGGCAUCCGCAAGUGCCCGCGCUGCGGCACCUACAACGGCACGCGGGGGCUGAGCUGCAAGAACAAGACGUGYGGCACGGUGUUCCGGGCGGGCGCGCGCCGCCAGCCGGGCGCCGACGCCGUGCGCGUGCUCAGCGGCCGCCACGGCCAGCUCUACUCGGUGCGCCAGCGCGACUCGCGCUGCUUCGUGGAGCUGGGCGUCCCCGAGGCGGCCGACGGCGUCCCCGAGGGCGCCGCGGUCACCGCGCUGAGCUCCGGCCGCUGCCACGCGCCGGCGUGUGCCAAGGCGGCGCUGGGUGAGCGGCAGUGCCAGCACCUGAAGCUGGCGUUGGGCUGCCAGGCCGAGGCCACGCCGCUGCCGCUCAAGAGCUCGGUGCUGGGCGCGGUGCAGGCGCCGGCCGAGGCCAAGCAGAGCCUGUGGGAGCUGGCCACCGAGCCCACGGGGCCGCUGGUGCAGAGGGUCACCAAGAGCGUGCUGGUGGUCAAGUGCAAGGCCAGCCAGAGGCACAGCCUGGGCUACCUGCACGCCUGCUUCGGCCAGCGCCGCUUCUCCUGCGCCUGCCGCGCUCCCGGCCGCGGCCGCACCAAAGGGGACGAUGGCGACGAGGAGGAGGAUGAGGAGGAAGAGGAGGAGGAGGAAGAGUCGCCCCCGCCGCGCUGUAUCCACUUCCUGGCCUGCAUCUGCGCCUUCGCCAGCGACGACAGCCUGGCACAGGAGUUCUCCGACUUCCUGGCCUCCGUGUCCCUGCCCAUGGUGGCACUGGAUGGACUUCGAGGUCCCUUUUUCAUCCCUUUUCCCCUCACUUUUAUUUUUUACCCUUCCUUCUCCCCCUUUUCCCCCUUUUUUCCCCCCACAUUUUAUCCCCUCUAUUUUUCUUCCCUCCUUUUUUUCUCCCUUUUUUCUCCUUUUUCCCCUUUUUCCCCUUUUUUCCCCUUUUUCUUCCUUUUCCCCCUUUUCCCCUUUUUCUUCCUUUUCCCCCUUUUCCCCCUUUUAUUUUUUCAACCCUCCUCCUCACCCUUUUUCCCCCUUCCCCCCAUUUUCCCUCCCUUCCCCCCCUUUUUCCCCCUUUUGUUCCCCUUUUUCCCCACUUUUCUUCCUUUUUUUCUCUUCUUCCUCCCCUUUAUUUCCCCCCUUCUCAUCCCCCUUUCCCCCUUUAUUAUGGGAUUUCCUUUUCAGGGAGCUCUGUGGGGUGAGCUCUGGUCCAGGGUGCCAUCCCARUGUCCCUCUCUGUCCCCUGCAGGCUGUGGCCAGGCGCUGGACGAGUCCCAGGUGUCCCUGUCCUUCCAGGAGUGGCUGGCCAGCGUCACCGAGCGCAUCCACCAGACCAUGCACUACCAGUUCGAGGGCCGGCCGGAGCCGCUGGUGUUCCACAUCCCACAGUCGUUCUUCGAGGCGCUGCAGCAGCGCAUCUCCAGCGGCAGCGGCAAGAAAAGGCUGCCCAACGCCACCACGGGUGAGGGAAACGGGGGAAAACCGGGAAAAACGGCAGGGAAACAUCGGGAAAAACG